GUAGGAAUUUUUUUACUUUACUUAGAAUUACUAAAUUCCUAAACGAACAUAACAGAAGCUUUUAUUUAUCAGUUGUUUUAAAAACUGAUAUUAAAUUAAUUACGUUUAGUCACGGUUGAAAUAUUUUCAUUAACUACAUUAUAUUCAUAGAUCAAUUGUUCUACCCUUUAAUAGAUUUUUUUUCUUUUUAUUGCUAAGAAUUUAUUUAAUUCUUGUAAGUACCGAAAGUGAAAUAGUUAGUGUUUACAAAAUGAGUAAAACUGUUACUUAUUCUGAAGAUCAGUUAGCUGAGAUGGAAGAAGCAUUUCAGUUAUUUGAUAAUCGAGGUGAUAAUAAAAUUCAUAUCUCCCAUAUUGGCAAUGCUCUUCGUGCCUUAGGUCAAAACCCAACAGAAUCUGAUGUUAAAAAAUUUACACAGCAACAUAAAACUGAUGAAAGAAUUCCAUUUGAAGUAUUUUUGCCCAUUUAUCAAGCUAUAUCCAAAAAUCGAUCAGCUAACACUGCUGAUGACUUCAAUGAAGGUCUAAGACAUUUUGAUAAAGAAGGAAAUGGAUUUAUAUCAUCUGCUGAAUUGCGUCAUUUACUUACCACUCUUGGAGAAAAAUUAACUGAUGAGGAAGUAGAACAACUAUUAAAUGGACAAGAAGAUUCUUUGGGAAAUAUAAAUUAUGAAGAAUUUGUACGCACUGUUACUUCCGGUUGAAUUAAUUCAUUUUUAUGUUUAGUUAACUUAUUUUAAUAAAAAAUUUAUAAAAUAAUAAUACAUUUUUAAUUGUAUCUAAUUAUUAAUGUUUACUUAUAAAUUAAAUAUCAACAUUAAAAAAAUAUUUAUAUUUAUACAUAAACUCACUUAAAUUAAAUAACAUUUUAUUUUUAACA